UCCUCCAACAGCGCGUGGCAACGCUAGGCGCCCAGGAUCUAAGGCAUCAGGCUGACCAAGGUUUACAUCAUCACAUCUCAUUUCAGACAGUUACUACUACCGUUCUGCUGUGUAUAAGAGCCACUGUUCUUCUCGCUCCAUGUUCGUCCAUGCGCAUUGGCACACCGGUUUCGCACAAACGCAUUGAAUCGCACGAUGAACAGUCUGAUGAGGCGAGCGGCAGCUGUUGUGCUGCUGCUGGGUUACUACACUGCAGAGGCACAGACCAGUACCACUACCACCACGGCGGCAACGACCAGUGCAUCGUCAACAACAUGCGCAACCGUUCUGACACCGUCGUAUUCACCACCAGUCGUGGCUAAGGGAUGGAAGGCCCAACUGAUCGCCACGGGCCUCACCCGUCCCCGCAGCAUGAAGUUCGACAGCAAUGGCGGGCUGCUGGUGGUUGAGCAAGGCGUGGGGGUCAGCCGCUUGACGUUCGCAGACGACGGGGGCACAUGCAUGUCAGUCAAUGGCAACACGACCGUGUUAGUGGACAGGGAGCUCUUCCACGGCCUGGAGUUGUCAGAGGAUGGCAGGACCCUUUACGUCUCAACCGAGGAGGAGGUUCGCAGCCACAGUUACGACCCCGAUGCCGCCAGCGUGAGCAGCCAGCAGCAGCGCCUGGUUUCCAACAUGACCAACCCUGGCCGCGGGCAUGUCACGAGAACGCUCCUGCUCUCCCGCAAAGUGCCUGGUCUGCUGCUCGUCUCCCGCGGCAGCGCGGCCAACUUGGACGACCUUGCCGCGCAGCAAUCCUCGGGCAUCUCGCAGAUCCGCGCCUACAACAUCUCCAACGCGACCGACACCGCUUACAACUACCCCACCGACGGCCUGCUUAUCGGCUGGGGGCUGCGCAACUCUGUCGGCGUCGCCGAGCACCCUCUCACCGGCGGCAUCUGGUCGGUCGAGAACAGCGCCGACGACAUCUCGCGCCUCGGCCGGGACAUCCACGAGGACAACCCGGGCGAGGAGCUCAACUUCCACGGCUUCCUCAACGACACCUCCGCGCUGGGCGCCAACUACGGCUACCCUUCGUGCUUCGCCCUCUGGAACACGACCGACUUCCCGUCCCUCAACGACCUCACCGUCGGCAGCCAGUUCUCGCUCGACAGCAACGCCACCCUCAACGACACCACCUGCGCCCAGCGCAGCGUCUCGCCCCGCCUGACCUUCCGAGCGCACAUGGCGCCCCUGGACAUCAAGUUCCAGCCCUCCAACGCCUCGCGCGCCUUCGUCUCGUUCCACGGCAGCUGGAACAGGGACCACCCCGCCGGCUACAAGCUGUCGUACGUGGAGUUCAACCCGGACACGGGCGAGCCGGUCGAGCAGAGCGACAGCGUCUCGGCGGCGCACGACGUGCUCACGAGCCCCGAUCUGUCGGCUUGUCGUCCCGACGGCGGGUGUCUCCGGCCGGCUGGAUUGGCGUUUGAUAGCAGCGGAGAGCGACUGUUUGUGUCGAGCGACGCGACGGGGGAGAUCUGGGUUGUCAUGAGGUCGGGGGAGGACGAGGACGGCGGGGCUACGACGACGGGAACCGAAACCAGGACUGGGACUGGGGGCGCUGUGACUAGUACAUCAUCAGCUGCUGCUGCUGCUGCGUUGGGAGCAUGGAAUCGGGGUAUGGGUGGGGAAGGACUGCUGAUGGUUGCGGUUACCGUGCUGAUGGCGGCUGUUGGGGGGCUGACGUUUGCCGGUUGACGAUGAGUACCUUAUUAGGGAGCCCUGUUGGUCAAACAAGCAAGCAGCGGACAUCGAACUCCUCCAGAGAUAUUCCGUACACCCGUCAAUAUAGACAUACCUCACUUCUUAGCCGUAGCAAUCCAUUGAUGGUUCAGGGGCCUAGGUACCUUGGAAUCCCGGAAU